GCGGAGGUGCGUUUAAUAAUGUUGUAAGAAAUCAGCUAAUAUAGUCUAUAUAAAUUAAGAACUUUAUCAAAGUGAAGCGUAGAAUUUUAAGAAUGUGCUAAAAAUGUACGAUGUGCAAACAAAAACUUAUUUAUAUAAAGUGCUUUCGACCAGAAAUUUAAAUUGUAAUUUAACGAAUUGGAAUCAAAAUGAAAUAAAGUACAGUUAGUGGCUAAAAUGUGUCAAAGGAUAUUGUAGGAAACUCAGUGGCAACCCGCAUAUUUUCUGAGAGAACUGCAUCCAUCGCAUACCCAGAAACUGUCUCUGGAACCUUCUGAAAACCGUAAGAUAUGGGGACAAGGACGACCAGCGAAAAUACACAAAUUCUUGGAAAGGUGUCCCAGGGUGUUAUCGCGAAAACCCAAAAUCCAAACGCGAAUGGAAAAACUCCAAAAAAAUCUUAGCGUCGCGACGCUGCCGAAGUACGGCGCUAAGUUGGAAGCCCUAAUUGAGGCUUAAAACAAGAAGCAGCCGGCAAAAAUUUGGUUGGGUACCCAAUAUCCCAGUCAUAAAGCCAUAAAUAAUCCGUGGAAAAUCCCAGACAACCAACUUAAGCGAUAGCGAAUGGAAUGCCUGCGAAUGAUCUUUAUGACGAACACGCGUCCAGGAUCACGUCGCGCUAAUGAGACGUGGAACUACCUGCAAAGGGUAUUCGCAAAUUCAGCCAGGAUAGUGCUACCUGCUUACUAUUUAAGGAUGCGGUCGACAUGUCCUGGGCAUCAGAACAGCAUCAACUGUCAAACCGUGAAGAUCUAUCGCUCUCAAGAUGAAAGUCUGCCAGAAUCAGAAAAUGGACAAAGCCGAAAAGAAGCGUCAGAAGACACUGCACAAACAAAUGAAAGCCAAACAUCAUGAGCAGAAGCUGCAGAAACACUCGAGGAAAAUGCUACGCUCAACUGAACCCGUCAGCUUUCCGUAUCAGAUCUUUUUGCAUCGCUUGGAACUGCGUAAAUCGGAAAAAGAUUUCUCCUAUCUGCGUCUAUCUCGAUCGAAAAUUAUGCUGACCGCUCAACUGAUUGACAAGAAUAUUGGAAACUGUAACAAACUCUGCACUGUGGAUGAUCUCAAGGUGCUCAGCCGUGAAGUGCAAUUCAAGAAGCGUCUCAUCAAGCAAGUGGAUCGCCUGGAACAAUUCCGAGAGUUGGGACUCAAUGAACUUGUGCUCGACGGCAAGCGAACUGCACUUUGAUUUCAGAUUGAUCAACUACACCUUACUUUAAGCUACUCGAUUCGAUUUAGAUUGUAAUUAUUUUUUAUCAAAUAAAAUUUGACUUGACAUUUAAAUUUGUUGCCUUCUCACUAACACAUUUCACACCUUUCAGUUCUGCUGCUCAGCUGCAAAUUCUGUGUUUCUCAAGAGUUAACUCAGAACAAAACCAAUAUCGAACCCAAUGAUAACGAUG